AUGCUUUCUCAAUGUGGUAGACGCUCUCUAUUGAGAACCGGCUAUAUAUCUCGGCAAAUCAGCAGCCAAACCAGAACAAUAGUAGGGUAUACGAAAACACAAUUUCCGCUGAACACAGGCGCCGAGAUCCCCGCCAUAGGGUUCGGAACGUGGCAGGACAAAGAAGCACAGGAAGACGCAGUGGCCGAGGCAUUGAAGGUGGGGUAUCGACAUAUCGAUACAGCACGGAUAUAUGGCACAGAGCCUGGUGUCGCUAGAGGCAUCAAAAGGUCGGGCAUCCCGCGAAGCGACAUUUUCCUCACCACCAAGCUGUGGAACAAUUCGCACCAUCCCGACGACGUGGAAAAGGCAUGCGAUGCCUCGCUCAAGGACCUUCAAACCGACUAUCUCGACCUCUACCUGAUGCAUUGGCCCUCGCCCUGGGCGCGGGGCGACAAAAUGAGGCCCAUGAAGGACAACAAGAUAGUCCCUGGUGAUACGGACUACGUCGAAACCUACCGAGCUAUGGAGAAACUGGUGGCCAAGGGGAAGUGUCGCGCCAUCGGCGUGAGCAACUUCUCCCAUGCAGAAAUGGAGAGGCUGCUGAGAGAAACCUCAAUCGUCCCGGCCGCACAUCAAAUGGAACUGCAUCCCUAUCUGAUACAGGCGGAUUUCUCGACAUGGCAUAAGUCAAAGGGCAUCCACAUUACUCAAUACUCUCCGUUUGGAAACCAGAACGAGAUCUACGACAAAGGCAAGAACAUGGGCAAACUGAUCGACGACCCGGUGUUGAAAGAGAUCGGGAGGAAAUACAGCAAGAACGGAGCGCAAGUGGCCUUGGCAUGGGGUAUAGCGAAGGGCCAUUCCGUGAUCCCCAAAUCCAAGACGCCGUCGCGGAUCAAGGCUAAUUUCGAGGGUGACUUCAAGCUCGAGGCUGAGGACGUGAAAAGGAUCGAUGGACUGGACAAGAAGUUGAGGUUCAAUGAUCCGUCCGAGUCAUUUGGCUGGAAUUUCUACGCCGAUCUCGAUGGAAAGAGCACAUGA